AAAACAACAGAGACGCUAAAGGAGCACUUUUUCUGACUCAACUCCAGCAAUGGGAAGACCAGAGCAGCUGUAGGAGACGCAGGAACUGAUGCAAGUUGAUCACCAGCUCUUCAUCUGAACACAAGGGUUGAACUUGUGGAGAAAAGGAAUCCUACUCCAGGAGAGACAAAUCGCCUGUGUUUAGAGGUGCAUAUCAAGGAGAUAACUACAUCAAUGAGGACACCCGGCAUGGCUGUAUUCAAGCAACAGAAUGUGGACGAUUUCUAUGAAAUUGGAGAAGAACUGGGAAGUGGGCAGUUUGCAAUUGUCAAGCGCUGCAUAGAGAAGAGCACGAGAACCGAAUAUGCAGCCAAGUUCAUCAAGAAGCGGCAGAGUCGGGCCAGCAGACGGGGGGUGAGGAGAGAGGAGAUUGAAAGGGAAGUGGACAUCCUGCAGCAGCUUCAACACCCCAACAUCGUAGCGCUGCACGACGUGUACGAGAACCGCACGGAUGUGGUGCUCAUCCUCGAAUUGGUCUCCGGAGGGGAGCUGUUUGAUUUCCUGGCUCAGAAGGAGUCUCUCAGCGAGGAGGAGGCCACUCAGUUUAUCAAACAGAUCCUAGAUGGAGUCCAGUACCUUCACUCCAAGAGGAUUGCACAUUUUGAUCUCAAGCCUGAAAACAUAAUGCUGCUGGACAGGAACGUUCCUCUACCCCGCAUCAAACUCAUAGACUUUGGCUUGGCACACAAAAUAGAAGCCGGGGCAGAUUUCAAAAACAUUUUUGGCACUCCUGAAUUUGUUGCUCCAGAGAUAGUCAACUAUGAGCCGCUGGGAUUGGAGGCAGACAUGUGGAGCAUUGGAGUCAUCACUUAUAUACUUUUGAGCGGUGCGUCUCCUUUCCUUGGCGACACGAAGCAGGAAACGCUGGGGAACAUAUCGGCGAUGGACUACGAGUUCGAUGAGGAGCUCUUCAGCAAUACCAGCGAGCUGGCCAAGAGCUUCAUCAGACAGCUCCUGGAAAAGGACACGAGAAAACGGAUGACCAUACAAGACACCCUGAAUCAUCCUUGGAUUAAGUCCUGUGGCCACAUAGAGGAGAACAGCGCUGCCCAUGAGGCUGAGAAGAAAGCGGAGCAGUUGAAGACUAAACGUCUUAAGGAGUACACGAUCCAGUCGCACUCCAGCAUGCCCCAGAACAACACGUACGCCAACUUUGAGCGUUUCGCCCAUGUGGUGGAAGACAUCAGCUUGAUGGAGACGGGCCUGUCAGAGGUUGCGGGAGCACACCACACCCUGCAGGGUGACAUAGAAGCACUGCUCUCCAUCUACAACGACAAGGAGGCCUGGUACAAGGAGGAGAGCGAGACCGCCAGGAAGCAGCUCUCCCAAGCCUGCUACGAGUUUCGUAAAGUGGAGGCCACCAGGAGGCUGCUGCAGGAGGACAUGAAGGCUAUAGACUCCAAUCUGGAGAGCAUCAGCGGGAAGUACAACCACAGGCAGAGCCAGCUGGACUCUCUGAGGCAGGAGCUGAACUCUGAGCUGCAGUGGCUGCAGGAGGUGAUGAGCUCUCUGCAUCCUGAAGGAGCCAACGGCAGCAUCCACAGCAGUGGUCUGAGUACAGAUGUGAAGCAAGCGCUGAAGGAGCUGCUGCAUCAGUCCUGCGGAGGAGAGCUGUGCCCCGAGGCCGAGCAGCCGCUCACAGAGUCCGACUAACAUGCACCAAUGAAGACACACUUUAACUGACCUUCAAAAUCUUAAUGUGUUUUGGAAAAUUAGACUGUAGUUUGAAUUCAACACAUUGAUUUUUUGCAACGGCACAUAUUUUUGAAUGUAUAGACUUUACUUUAUUUAGAUUUUUUUCUUGCGUAAACAAGAAAAAAACUUUCUUGUGUUCUGUAAACAACACUUUUCAGGUAGAGGAGUAGCAGGUGUACACAUAGGCAUUUUGGGAAAUAUGCUUAAUGCUUUCUUGUAUCGAUAAAGGAAAAGACCGUUAUUUCCUUUGGUUCAACGACAGGAAGGAACCAGUGAGCUUAGCUCAGCACAAAGACUGGAAACAGGGGUAAAGGGUGGCCUGCUCUGUCUGAAAGUAAAGAAAAAAAUCUGCCCACCAGAACCAAAGAAAUGUACACAUGUCUACGUCUUGUGUGUCUAAGCCGUAAAGAAAUUGCAGCACUUUUGUUUUUUUGUUCUGUUUAAAGAAAUGAUAUGGAACACAAAGCUUUUGUUGUUUUUGGAGUCAUUCUGGCUUCUGAUCUUAUGCUAAGCUAAUUUCAGCUUCCAUUUGAAUGAACAGAUAUUCAAGUGUUAUUGAUCUGAACUCUCUGUCAGAGAGCAGACAGUCAUAUUUCCCAAGCUAUCAAACUGUUCCUGUAAGUGGAAUAACUAUGGCACAAUAUUAGGACUUACUCUUAACAUGAAGUGACUGAUGAUAGAACUAUAGGUUUAUUUAUGUGUUGCUCUUGUUUGGUUAAGUUGUGUAGCGUUUUAGUUGAACAAGUUAUGCGAAUGAAAAUGAAGGAUUUUACUGUGUCAUAUCUCAGAAUAAGACACAGAAUCAAGCAUCAGUUCUUUUUCGAUGGAAUGUAUCAAAAAUUCAUAUUUUUGGAUUAUUUUUAUUUUUCAUUCCAUUCUGUUUGUCAGACUGUGUAUUGAUUAUUUUUUUAACCAAUGGUGAUCCAUUUGUAAAAUAAGUUGUGUAAUCAUAUAGGUUUUUAAAAAGAAGGAUUUUUUAUGGAUUCAAAUGUGCACUUUUUCUGAAGGCUUAUUUAUUUAUUUUAAAGAAUCUUCUUGUUUUUUCUCUCUCUUUCUUUCUUAGAAAUGUUCACAAACAACACUUGUGAUAAGAUCUCAUGUCUUUCUUACUUCCUUAUCAGUGUUUUUUUUAAGCAUUUCAACACACUUGUUGCUCCUUCUUUCAUGUGCACACUGAUAUUUUUCACCGUGAAUAAAUGUCAGUCAUUUAUUAUGUAUCCAGUUUCCAAA